AUGCGCCAACUAAAGGAAUACUCCUACUCUAAGCCAUCCCCAUCACCACCACCACCACCUUAUAUCUAUUCCUCACCACCACCACCACCACCAAACCCUGAUCAUCACUCAUACACUACUUCACCUCCUCCUCCAUGCCACCCGCAUUCGAGGCACGACAAACAUUGCUCAUCACCACCACCACAACCACUACCACCACUACCUCCAGUAACUGGAGUACCACCAGCAUCACCACCCUCAAUAUGGCCCCCAUCUCCACCCGGAGGCGAUGCAUCACCACCAUCAAUAUGGCCUUUACCACCCUCUUCACACGAAGCGUCACCGCCUAGUCAUGGAGCAUCACCACCACAAACUCCUGGUGGCGUUCCUCCUACACCUACAGCAUUACCACCAUCUACAUCAUCAACACCACCAGGACCUGGUGGUGUUGUUCCUGCAUCACCACCUCAACCACAUGGUAAUGUUUUUCCACCAGCAGCAACACCACCUCGACCACAUGGUGGUGGUGGUGUACCACCAGGCGGUGGUGGUGGUGGUGGUGGCGGGAUUCCACCAACUCCUGUAGUGUAUGCUUCACCACCAUCAAAUGAGAUUGUAUUGUCCCCUCCUAGUGGAUCACCACCAGGAGGAAAUAAGCACACUGGAUUGAUAGUAGGUGUAUCUUUAGGUGGUUUCUUCUUCCUUGCGUUUUUGGCUGUUUGCCUCUUCUGUGUAGCUAAGAGGAAGAAGGCAAUACUUGUGCCUCCUGCUGCUGCAUGUGAAGAAGGUGAAGAGCCUGCUGCUGCGGGUUACGGUGCUGGUGGCGCAGGUGGUGCUGGUGCUGGUGCUGGUGGAGGCCGAGGAAGUUACUGA